AGAAUUUAAUUGUUUAUUCAAACAGCCAUUAGCAAUACUGCUGCAGGUCUUACUGAUUCAGCAUAUGUAAAUUCAAUAGUCUUCCAAUGUUGACCGGUUAGUACUUAAUCUGUACUUUUUCCUAACAUAUUUUCUAACAGAAAUCGCCCAAGGGGGCAAAAUUGUUGUUUAUACUAUUCCUAUUCUCGCCCUGACGGUUAUGGCGAAUUAGUUAGUAUAUUCUGGGUUGUUUGUUAGUGUUAUAACAAACUACCAACUGAAACUUAUCCCCGCCAAUUCCCACACCGGAAGUUUCAAAACUAACCGAAAAGAGUCAAUCUUCUCGAAGCUGUUUUUGAGAAGAAGACAUGGGAUCAUGUGGCUCUCAGGUUGUUACACGGAGCGUGGCUGAUAUAAAAAUAACAACCCCCAGGUUAUAACUAGUUAAUGGAACCAGUACUAUCUACGCGGAUGUCUGGAAUAUUAUUAAUUUAUUUACCAGCUCAGAAACCUAAUGGCGAAAAGGUUCUCAGCCGCACACCAAUUUAUUCAACCAUUAUAUAUGUAUAUUAUUCUUAGAAGGUUUCAGAAGUUAUCAUCUUCCUAAGGCAUAUAAAUUCUAACAACAGAAAUUACUAACUGCUUGCGGUCCCUCUGGCACAGAAUGUUCCGACUACUGUUUUCCAAAAAUAACUCCAUUUCGAUUAUGCUCCAAGAAUAAUUAAAGCUGCAAGCUUGUUUUUUAUUCACUGAGCAUUCAAUUUGAUUUACAGAACGCUGUUGGCCGAUAAUUUAAAAACUAUUUUUUAACAUUAACCUUCAUUAAAACAAUGUCUGUAAUUUAGAGCGAUUAUUCGUAGAGUUACCAAAAGGUGAACUCAGAGAAGCAAAAACCGCAGACUCAACCUAACUUCUUGGAUUGUUUUUCGGAACAGCAAAUUUCUCGUGACUAUUCUCGAUCCAAUUAAAAUUACCUGAAGUUCUACUGCUGAACACAUGUUUACGUUUUGACUGUUCUACUAGAAAGCAAAUAGCCAACGACUUUAACUUCGACUAAGCUACUACAGUCUUACGAUUUUAAGUCUUCGGAAUCUUUGAUUUGCGGCUGCCUUUCAAAGAUGACCUGAAGGCACUUUUAUUUUUAAAAGGCGCCAGACACUCGGACUAUUAGAGAAUUGUUUGCAGUCGAUUAUUGUUUCAUUUAACAACUCUACAAAGAUAGUCUGUAACAGAAAAAGGAGCUUAUCGUACUCGGAUUAAUUUUCAUCCUUUCAAAGAGUUUCAGCCUGUUUGGUAUGACUGGUAAUCACCUAAGUAUUAGUUUGGCUACAACAUAUUUACGCUUAAGUUUCGCUUUAUAAACAAAGUGGUCCAAAAGGUAUCCAUUUAGAUUAGAGAGACAUUAGUCAUUGUCCUUUGACGUCGUUGAGUCGAGUUGGCCCUGUUAUUUCACGUUUUUCUGUUGAUUGGCAAUCAUGGUAUCAGUGAGUAAUCAGUUUCAGUUUCGGCAAUCGAAUGACGGACGCCAUGACAUCUCCUGUACCUGUUCUGUAAUGUUUAUUUGGUAAACUAUCGUUCCUCGACAGAAACUCCUAAAUGAAUUCUCAAUUCUGACCAUUUCUUUUUGAGAUGAUGACUGUUACUCAUUUUCAUCACUCACUUUUACUCUGAAGACGUUUUAGAUCCAAGGAAAGUAAUAACAAAACUCAGUCAUCGUAAAUAUUUACGAAUUCACGUGACAACUUACUUAACUCUUUAGAUUCCUUUCCUUAACUUCGAAGCAGACUCCUUUGUAGUGGAACUUUUUAUCAAAACAGCAAAAGCAACAACCAUUUUCCCAUUUUCGAUAGCUAUUUCUAACAAUUGUCCAUAAAAACCGAAUUUUCAUCAUUAUCAAUUUUUCAAAAAUCGAUAUUACAGCUUUCAAAAAGCCAUCUACUUGUAAGUACUUUAACAUCAAAGACCAGUUAGUUCGUCUCUCACAGAAUUGUUAGUAAAAAUUACUAGAUAUUGAGCAGUCUAAAUAAGAGUAGAGAGCGGAAAAAUGAUGGAUUGGAGUUGGGUAGAGUUGGAGCGACAGAUGAUGGAUCUGAAGAGAGACAUUACAGUCCCCUCCCCCGCGACAGGAGAAUCAACAGAAGGGGGGUCACUACAAGGACAAGGGGGUCAGAAUAGAACUGUGGAAGAGAAGUUCCAGGCAUGUUUGGCUCUUUUGGACACUCUCAGAGCACAACAACAACAAAAUCAUCAUGACCAUCAUGGUAAACAUGAGGGACAUACACACAUACAAUCCGCCUCUUCAAACGCAUCUUCUUUGUCUGCCGAGGAACCGUUCUUCAUCACGCGAUCAGCGAAUACACGAGAGACAUUGGACAGCAACCCUGAAGGUAGAAAAAGCUGCGAUGAGAUGAGAGCGUGUGUGAGUUGGAACAACUGUUCCCUCCCUCCACAGAAGACAAAAACCAAACAUAAUAAACACAGAGGGUAUUCAGACAACACGCAUCAACAUGGAAAUCAUCAUAACUCCCUCGAAACAUCAGCAGUAGAGUGGGAAGAAAGGAACAGUAACGGUUCUUGUGGACCUCCUUGUUUCCACAGAAUCCACUCCGAGGAGUUGCAAACUCCCUUUCAGAAGCAAAAGAACCAAGUUCGAACUGCUGUUCUAUCCCGCAUCGACCGCAAUAGCAGCAAAACUAUCACUUCUGACAAACAGCUUUUUGUUAAUCAUGGUGCUUUUACAGACAGUUCAAACUUAAGUUCCCAAAAGGGAGUUGACCAAGAUAGCGGGUGUGCAUGUUCGCCGGAAACGUCCACUAAGCUGAUAAAAGUUGCAAACCAUCGCAACGGUCAUUCAGAGAUUCACGCCGAAAUUCCUCAUCAUAACCCUAAGUCAUAUCAGAACCCUUUUGAGAAUCACUCAAUCAAGAACUGUUUAGACAAUCAUGAGUCAGAACUCGAUUGCGAAAAUGGUUCAGUACUUUGCAGCUGCAGAUCAAAGACAAUGACAAGUUUUAGUCCUAAUCAUCACGAGAAACGACGCAAUAGUUUGGACUGCGACAACUUGAGACAAUUUUGGGAUCGUGGGCACCAACAUCUACGAAUGUCUAACAUAAUUGUACAUAAUGAACCAUCUAAUAAUGUGCAAUGUAGUUGUGGAGGAUCGAGUCAGACUACAAAUGAUGAUGAUGACCAAGAAAAUGACAAUUAUAAAGUCAAUGAUAACAAUUAUGAUUACACUUAUGACGACUGUGAUGCAAGCAAGAGCCAAGAGAACGAAUGUUGCUGUGAUUGUGAGGACUACUGCAGUCUGAGUCUCUGUUCGGAUGGUCAAGACAGUGACUCAUCGUGCUCCUGCUGCAGUUGCUCCGACAUCUCCGUCGCAUCGGAAGGAACACAAACAGAACAUUUCAACCUGUAUUACGAAUCUGUGCAGGAAGAGAAAGAAGCAGAAGAAAAUGACUGUUGUUGCACUUGUGAAUUUUCCCCUUCACGCUCGUUGGACCCUUCAAAGACACCCAUUCAAUUGCCACCUGUCCCGCCAGUACGACAACAUUCGAACAAUCACAGUCAGCCGAGUGACGUCAUUAUGAGGAAACACUUCUCGACAUUUAACCCACCAAUUCAGCAGAGUCCGAGACAGACGCCUCUACCACCAUCAUCUCACUUCAACCGGAGGUCAUACUCCAACGAAAUCUACAGUCUCGCCCCACAUUGCGAAGAGCAAGUAGUCACUACCAAUUUAGACUACUGUGUAGACUCCUACACAGAUUACGAAGAGGCAACGCUCAGACCCCAAAAACAUCAAACGAUAGAUUCCAACCCCUUAGAAGUUUAUAUCGAAGACCCUAUCUCCAGCAACCGCAACAGUUUCCUUUCAACAUUCGCGGGAUCCCAGAGUGGAAACGCCCCUGUUGCGAGGUGUACCUUGAGCAUAGACACUGAUACUCUAUAUCAGAAGCAGUACUCAAACGAGCAGGCUUUGAGGAAUCAAUGCAACAUGCAGAGCUUCAACAGCAUCACCACUCCUUCUUGUAACGGUAGUUGGGGUACAAAGAGCGCAAUCAACAACAACCCUUACUGUUCGCCCAUGGUCGCCAGAAGACUCCUGGCACAUCAGACCCACAGCAGUUCCCACAGUCUGGUUAGGACUCGCUACGGCAGUCUGGACAAUAUAAAUGAAACUAUGGAGCAACACGACGACAGUCUCUCUGAGACUUCAACUGAUUUCCAGACGGCAGGCGAGACUCUCAACAUCGGCAAAAGUGACACACUCACAAAGAAGAUGAAGAACAAAUGGAGGAUGAUGAGACGUGCAAUUAAAAGAGCACCUAGUUUGAGAAAGAACUCAAAAGACUAAAGAACUCAAACUUAGCGUUGCAGGACAUUUUGCAUACAUACCAACAACGUGUUUUUCAAUUUCAAAUCCAAUAUACUGAAUUAGUUAAAUUAAAAAUGUUUGACGAGGUUUUG